CCACACUAUUUAUCAUCCUGUAAAGAGAGAGAGUUUCGUAUUUUGUUGAUGUUCAACGUGAAUUCACGAGAGAUAUUUGUACUGAUAGGAACUUGAAUAGAUAAGAAAAAAAAUAUCAAUAACACCAGGUAGGUAGAGCGAUCACAGUAACAAAUGCCCGACCUGAAUGAUACCAGCGCGUUGGAAACGCGGCUUCGUCGCUUUCUCUACAUCGGCAAAGAAAGUCGGCCGGAGUAUCAACCUGGCAACUGGUUUGUCCACAACUACUACGAUGUCAAAAACAUUCCUUCUAUCAACGAACUCGCUUCCAAUCCUGACAAAGUUGGACCCCUCAUCUUUCUCAUUCACGAGGCAUAUACACGAGGCCUUGUGCAGAACACAGAGACACUAAUUUUUGCCCUAGCUAUGAGCGCUCGUCAGGAAAUAAGUUUGGAAUUAAAAGAAAAGGCAUACAGUGCCAUGGGUUACAUUUGCAAAACACCAGACAACUUUAUCCUCUUUAACAAAUUUACCUCACAGUUGAGCAAAAAGAUUAACAACAAGAGUGGUUGGGGUCAUGGAUUGAGGCGAGCGAUUAAAACUUGGUAUGACAAAAAAACAGCUAGAGAACUGGCUGAAAUUAUUUGCAAGGGUCUGAGCAGGUAUGGCUGGAAGCACAAGGAUAUCAUUCGGUUGACGCAUUACAAACCUGAGGAUGAGAACAAAAUGUUUGUAGUAGAUUACAUAUUGCGAGGGAUGAAUGGAAUUAAAAGCAAAUAUCAACAGCUUAAUGAAGAGCAAACCAGUCUGAUGCAAUAUUUUCAGUCGAUUGAGGAUUUCAAGCAUUGCGAAGAUCCAGUUGUGGCGGGAAGAUUAAUCGAAACCUUGAAUCUCACGCUCGACCAUGUCCCAGGGCACUUAUUGACAGCCAGUGAUAUAUGGGAAUCACUUGUAAACGCGAUGAGUAUAAAAGAUCUCUUGAAAUAUCUUCAGAGAAUUCAUAAUUUGAAAUUCCUAGAACCUGAUCGUACUGUUAUGAUCUCCAAAGUUUUGGAUGUUUUAAGCGAACAAAAUUUUUUGAAAGAAAAGCCUAUUCAUCCCGCAAUAUUUUUAGUUUGUCUGAAAGAUUACGAAAAUUGUGGAAAGCCUCUAUCAUACGAAAAGCGGAAGGUCAGGGAAAAUGCAAAAACACCCUUCCAGCCACCUCCCGCACCCAACAAGAAAGUUAUGGAUGCUCUAACCAAACUGCUGAAUUUGUCAUUUGCCCAUUUGCAAGAAAGCGAAACCAACGUGCACUACAUGAUUACGAUCAAUAUGAGUAAAACUGUCAUUGAGUCUGGCUGCUGGCAUUGUGGCAACGUGACCGUCGCUGAGGCUGGCUGUCUAAUUGCACUGGCUCUUCUUCGAGCGGAGAAGAACGUCACCGUAGCAACAUUCGUAAACGACGAGAUAAAAUGCGUCGAACUUGAUCCGAAUUUGAAUUUCCUACAAGCUAUGAACCAUUUGAAAAAAUUUGAAUCCAACACGGAUGUGGUUGAUUUGAGUAAGCCCAUGACCUGGGCUGCUGAUAAGAAACAGAGCAUCGACGUUUUCAUCAACGUUGUCAAUCAAACUUAUCAGAAAUCAGACACUUCGGAAGCCGGUAUAAAAUCGUAUAGGACGAAAAUGGGCCAACCUAAUACCAAGUUGGUGAAUUGUGCCAUGUGUGCCUCUUCGACACAAAGCAAGAAUACUUACGAUAAUCAUAUUCUAACGAUAUGCGGCUUUGACGAAAAGGUACCAAAAAUUAUAGAAGCUUUCGCACGAUCAUUUUUCUAAGUAACUACUGUAAAAGGAGUAAAACAAACUUUUUCUGUAUUUGGAAGUUACGUAAGUUUAAAACAGAUAUUUUCCUCGUUUCGUCAUGAAAAUAACUCUUUAACUGUAUAGCGAGAAAAAACGCCGAUUUUUUAUUUUUUAGAAACAGCAGGGCAUUAGAAAAAAAAAGUAAUCACUAAAAGUGUUCAAGCGUAUAUAAGUUUAUAGUUUUUUCAAAGAACUUUGAAUGUUUUAUAAAUGUUUUACAAGUCUUGCAUCAUACGUAAAUACCUGCAAUUAGUUAAAAAAGAAAAAAAAAUUCUAAAUCCUAAUACUCGAAGAAAUUAAUAUCAUAAAUUUUCUUUAAAAGUGCGAAAUCUGGUCCAAGCAUAAAGAAAAAAACACAAAAAAUUCAAAGUUUCAAGAGAAAAAUGGUGAAAAUGACAAUAUUCUUGGAAUAUUUCGGCAAACAGAAAUAUUAAAAACUCGUAUCGUACUUUAAGCCGUAAUGUUCAUAAAGCAAAGUCGAACGUAGGCUCGGAUGUACGACGAUAAGUAUAACGUUAACUUGACUAAGCUUUAUAAACUUAAUUAUAUCGGUAUAAUCGAAACUUCUUAAUCAUGGCUAAUGUACAGUUUUUAAUCGACAACUGCAUGCUCAUUAGCACGUAUAGAUAAUUAAAAAUUAAGCCGUGUGCUAUGGGUUUUAAUACGACACGCCUUCUUUGUGUAAAUCGUCCGGUUGAUGUACAUUACUUUUUCAUUUAUCUUUUAUACGUAUCACUUCGUUUGAGGUAAAAACGACACCGCCGUUAUGUGUACAAAUUAAAAUUGAUGAAAAAAAAAAACAAGAAAAACGAGAAUAGUAUCAAUACCGAAGUUGAAUUGUUCAAGUUAACCGUUGAUGAAUGUGUGCAUAUACAUAUUUCUGUUAUGUUUCGUAAUUCACACAAGUUGAUAAAAAAGAUCACGUCAGGUGACAAUUAAAACGAUUAACCCGCUUGCACGGCAAAUCAUUAGCAUUAAGACUGGAUAUUAGAUUAGCUAGAGCAUAUCGGAAGUAAUAUAUGGUGCAUUUCUCAGUAUGAUAGAAAUAAAACGAAAGAUAAAAAUAAUUCAACACGAGAAACAUGGAUAAAUCCUAUUUUGAUUUUUGAUAGGUCACUUACUUUUUUUUUGUCCAACAGAUAAUGAGACAAAAAAAAAACAAACACAA